GGGAGUAAAGUAUUUCAACAUGCACAUCAGCAGUGACUAGCCUUGUUCGUAGGCUAGCUCUUCAACAAAUGCUGAAUGGGCUGGACAUGUUUUAGACCCAGAGAAGAUGUCUGAGGUUUUUUGUUUAUGGGUACUGCAUCUCAAUUGAUGCCUGUCAAUGAUUCCGAGUCUCUUUUUUACUUAUUCAUAGUCUUAGCUAGUAUAUUUGCUUCUCCCUGUGUUCUACAACAGUGUAACUGAAGUGAACUGAACAGCCUCUUCAACAAUCAGUGCAACCCAUUCUACGUGUGAUUGUGUGAGGCUGUCUGUCUUCGAGGUGUACCUGGGGCUUCUUGGCUGAGAACAGGAGAAAACCGCGUGAACAGAACAAGGAUCUGAGCAUGGUUCAUGCUGCGGCUAUGGCUCAGGGGAAGAAGAGACCAGCGGUCCCCCCUCCUGAUGGGGGCUGGGGCUGGGUGAUCGUGGCCGGCUGCUUCAUGGUCACUGUUUGCACACGUGCCGUCACUAGGUGCAGCCUCUCUGCAGAUUCGGACGUAGGAGCUUGUGGUUCAUUACCCCCCAAGCAGGCGUUCUUCCCACACGUCCCAGGCUUUUUACAGCUCUCCCCUCAGCUUCGUGAUUACACAAUUCAUUACGGUUGCAUCGCUCCCUCCGACCGCUCAGGUCAUCACCAUGUCUAGCUGGAAAAGAAUGCAUCUCAAUUUUUUUUGUGGAGUUUCAGAUGCACUUUGGUGGGGACUAUUCAGGGACAGCCUGGAUCCACAGUCUGGUGGACUGCACCACUAUGCUGUGUGCUCCUCUAGGCAGCUUCAUUGGGAACCGUCUAUCGUGCCGCAUCGCUGUGAUCCUUGGGGGCUUCCUGUCCUCCAUCGGCCUGGUCCUCAGCUCUUUCGCUACCAGCUUGGAGUACCUGUACCUCAGCCUGGGGGUCCUCACAGGUAUUGGAUUUUCCCUCUGUUACACCCCUGCCAUUGCCAUGGUGGGGUCAUAUUUCUGUGAGAGGAAAGCCCUGGCAUACGGGAUCGCCAUGUCAGGUAGUGGCAUCGGGACCUUCAUCCUGGCCCCUGUGGUCCAGCUGCUCAUAGAGCACUACUCCUGGCGCGGGGCCCUACUCAUCCUGGGGGGCGUUGUCUCCAAUCUGUGUGUCUGUGGGGCCUUACUGCGCCCUAUCACUCUGAAAGAAGAAGAGGAGGCCCAUUGUCCGGUCCCGUUGGAUACCGACUGUGGAUAUAGGGUCAAAGCUCAGUUGGUGAGCACGUUAGAGGAACCUCUGGCGAUUAACAACAGCAAAGACAGCCGCUGCUUCAAGUCUAUGCAGGAGUACCGCUUCCUGCUGAUGCCGGACUUCCUGAUGCUGGCGGUGAGCUUCUUGUUCCUAGCCAGCGGCUGCAGCCUGCCGUUCGUCUACCUUGUGCCCUACGCACUGGAUGUGGGCGUAAGCCACCACCAGGCCGCCUUCCUCAUGUCUAUCCUGGGGGUCAUAGACAUCGUUGGGAACAUCACCUUCGGCUGGCUCGUAGACAGGAGGUGCCUGAAGAAGUAUCGUAAUGUGUGCUACAUGAUUGCAGUGGGCAUGGAGGGACUUUGCUGCCUCUUCAUCCCUCUCCUGCGGACGUUCGCCCUGCUGGUGCCUUUCUCUGUGCUUUAUGGGUACUUUGAUGGCGCCUACGUGGCCCUCAUACCUGUGGUGACCUCAGACAUUGUGGGGACAACUAACCUCUCCUCCGCUCUGGGGAUUGUGUACUUCCUACAUGCCAUUCCUUACCUGCUCAGCCCUCCAAUAGGAGGCUGGCUAGUUGACACCACAGGCACCUACACGGCCACCUUCUUCCUCAGUGGCUUUGCCCUCAUCUCCAGCUCGCUGGUCAUCAGUAUAGUGACUGGGAUACGCCACUGUCGCAGGACCCAAAAGCACAAAAAAAACAAUAAAGCCACAGAUUCCAAACAGGAUCCUUGUCAAGGCAGCCGAUCAGACUUCUACAUAGCCUCAAAGAAUUUGGCAGUACAUCCAACCAGCCUCACAACCGCAGACCACGUGUAACCAUGCCAGCCACAUCCAGCUUCUUCACACGCGAGAUCGUCUGACACCAACCAUCCGAACAGCUGAUGAAUCUGUGAGUUUGCACAACCGAAGAAUUUCUGCACAAACUCUCAGAAACCAUCUCAUGGAAGCUCAUCUGUAUGGUCGUUGUCCUUACCAGGGUCUUGACCUGACUGCAGUUCAGCAUCGCAACCGACUUCAGAUCCUGAGGCCCAAUUGUCAAGCCAUUCAUCCUCCCCCAUCACCUCAUGUUUCAGCAUGAUAAUGCACAGCCCCAUGUCGCAAGGAUCUGUGCACAAUUUCUGGAAGCUGAAAAUGUUCCCAGUUCUUCCAUGGCCUGUAUACUCAACAGAAAUGUCACACAUUGAGCAUGUUUAGGACCCUCUGGAUCGACGUGUACGAAAGUGUGUUCCAGUCACCAACAAUAGUUAAAUAAAGGUUAAAUAAUUUAAAUAAAUAAAUAACAGUAACUUUGCACAGCCAAUGAAGAAAAGUGGAACAACAUUCCAAAAGUCCACAAUUAACAGCCUGAUCAAGUCCAUGCGAAGGGGAUGUGUCGUACUGCAUGUAGGAAAUGGUGGUCACACAAGAUAAUGACUGGUUUUCUGAUCACGCUCACUUUUGUUCAAGGUAUCAGAUGCAUAUAUGUAUUCCCAGUCAUGGUACAUCCAUAGAUUAGAGCCUGAUGGAUUUAUAUAAUUUGACUGAUUUCCUUCUAUGAACUGUAACUCAGUAAAAUCUUUGAAAUUGUUGCAUGUUGCGUUUAUAUUUUUGUUCAGUAUAGAACCUAAAAGAGUGUUUUGCUGUCCCCAUAAGAGAACCUUUUGAAUAGCAAUUUUUGGUUCCAGCGAGAACCCUUUUCAGUUCCAUGUAGAACCUUUUCCACAGAGGGUUUAAUGGAGUUAGAUGAAAGGGGAGGUGUCCUGGUAUCCUUGGAUUAAUUGCAAAGCCACCACUAUGUCAUUGUAGCUCAGUUGGUAGAGCAUGGUGCCUGUAACACCAGGGUAGUAUGUUCAAUUCCAGCGACCAUUUGUAAAAUGUAUCCAACCAUGACUGUGAGUCCCUUUGGAUAGAAGCAUCUGCUAAAUAGAAUCUAUCACAAUUUAAAUGUAUUCUCUUACAAUGUCCAGAAGAAACCUAAGAAUUUAUGUUGAUAUUUCUUUAAAUAAAAGUAUUUUUUUAAAUCA